ACUGGCCAGUUGCUGUCCACAGGCUGGUUGACGCGGACUGGACUGUGUCUCUUUCCAAACAGUUGAAUCUUAUCAGCGCUCCUUCAUUUCACCUCAUUAACAGAGGCUGUCACGAGCUAUUGAUAUGUAAAUUGGACUGAACGGGCGGUUGUGUCAAGACAUACUCGGACCGAGUUUACUUGGGACUCAGUGCGCCUCUCUGCGGACCCUAUGUUUUUACUCUCUGCCUGGAUAAACGGAGCCAUCGACGUCGCCUCAAGUUUCUUGUUACCUUUAAACACCCCGCACACACCCCGCACCGCGUCUCGUGCUUGGAAUUGGGUUUAUCUCCAAAGGAUUUGUAAUCGGACCGAGAGUUCGUCUGGGGAAUUACGCGGGGAACAUUUUGGCACUGAGGAUGACAUGAGGCAGCCAACCUGGGAGUGUCCAGAGGUCCAAGCCCUCUCUUCUCUCCUCUUCUCCUCUCUUUCUGCCCACUACCCCUGUGUGUGUCGGUGAUGAGUUAGUGUGGGUGUGGGUGUCAGCCCCCCACCCCACCCCACCCCACCCUCUCCUUGGAGCACCGCGUCUUGGAGACAGUGCUUCACUUACCCUGCUUACAUGAGCCAGCAGGAUGAGGCUGCGGUCCUCGCACUGUCCGAGCGCCUCCUCGUAGCCUCCCACAAGGGCCAGGCUGACAAUGUGGUCCAGCUCAUCAACAAGGGCGCCAAAGUAGCUGUCACCAAGUACGGCAGAAGUCCCCUGCACCUCGCUUCCUACAAGGGCCACAUCGAGGUUCUGCGCAUUCUGCUGAAGGCCGGCUGCGAUCUUGACAUCCAGGACGACGGUGAGCAGACAGCCUUACAUCGGGCAGCCGUGGUGGGAAACAGUGACGUUAUCUCUGCCCUCAUCCAGGAAGGGUGUGCUCUGGACAGACAGGACAAGGACGGUAACACUGCUCUGCAUGAGGUCUCGUGGCACGGCUUCAGCCAGUCUGUCAAACUGCUGGUUAAGGCCGGAGCCAACGUUCACGCAAAAAACAAGGCAGGGAACACAGCCCUCCACCUUGCUUGUCAGAAUGGCCACGCUCAGAGCUCCAAGGUCCUGCUGCUGGGUGGGUCCAGGCCUGACAGCAAGAACCAUGUAGGUGACACUUGUCUGCAUGUAGCGGCCCGCUACAACCAUGUGUCCAUGCUCCGCAUCCUCCUGGGAGCAUUCUGCUCCGUGGCAGAGAAGAACCAGGCUGGGGACACACCACUGCAUGUUGCAGCUGCGCUGAAUCAUAAGAAAACAGUGCGGCUUCUGCUGGAGGCAGGAACAGACAGCAGCAUCCGCAACAACGCAGGCCAGACUGCACUGGACCAGGCCAGAGAACACAACAACCCAGACGUAGCCCUUCUCCUGACCAAAGCGCCUCAGGUCCAGAGGUUUACCCGAGGCAGGAGUGUGAGGAAGAGGAGGGACAAGCUGAAGGCUGAUCGCCGAGCACAGUCUGUCCCCAGGGAUGACAUGCUGCCCAGGAAGGACAGCGCAUCUGCUGCUGACGACACCCCUAGCAGCGACCGCGUCGCCCACAAACAUGAGGUGAUUGAGGCGAGCAAGAGCACAGACAGGGAGCUCAGAGAGAAGGUGAAAUAUGCCAUUAAUAUUAAACACGUGGAACAUGUGAUGAGCUGUGCUGUCGUGCCAUUGCAGCCAUCGCUCUCAGAACCCCUCCGUCGUAGAGAGAACAAACAUGGAGAGAAGAGGCGGGGCAAACUGCGAAGCUCCUCCCCCCAGCCCCCACUCCCCCCACACAACUACAAGGCCUAUCAGCUGUACACUCUGUACCGAGGCAAGGAUGGCAAGGUCAUGCAGGCCCCUAUCAACGGCUGUCGCUGUGAGCCUCUGAUCAACAAGCUGGAGAACCAGCUGGAGGCCACCAAGGAGGAGAUGAAGACAGAGAUCCACACGGUGCAGGACCUGAUGAACAACAAGAUGGGACAGCUGGACCGCAAGAACAAACAUCAGAUCCGUGCUCUGGAUAAGAUGACAGUAGAGAGGGUGUCAGCAGAGAGGACGGAGUGCCAACACAGGAUCAACCAGAGAGCCAUGCAGGAAAGACAGGAGGGGGAAAAGAGACAGCAGGCAUCAGUGGUGAACGAGCUGAAGAACUGGUGCAUGGCCAAGCUCCAGAACAUCGAGGUGCGCUUAGCAGGAGACCCCUGCAACACCAAGCUGCGCCGGUCCUCGUCCAUGUCUGAGGGCCUGUGUGAGGUGGACCCUGGGGGCCUCACCGUGCUGCCUGCUGGGGGGCCUGGGGACAGCGCCCAGUGUCUGGCCCCCCACAUCACUGACGUCAUCGAGGGAGACCGCAACACCGCCGCCACAGAGGACCCCUCAGCCAACCACUGCUUUGCUGUUCAGGUGGACAGCUCUCCAGACAGUGAUAAACAUCCCAAGCAAGCGGAGAUCUCCUCCCCAACUACUGCCAAGUUCCUGUCACAGUCUCCCCAAGUAGUGCGACCCAAGGAGCGCUUGCUAGGUGCUACUGAACACCGGAGGCCGUAUCAGGAACUGCAGGACGUGGCGCUGCUGGAUUUGGGACCGAGCAGCAGGAGCAGCAGAAGCAACAACAACCGGGCCAGCAGUCUGUCCCCAGCGACAGAGCGCCACUGCAGCAGCAGACAGGACAAGGACCGCAACAGGGAAAGGGACCGGGAGCGGGGCAGGGACAAGGGCAAGCACCACAAGAGGCACUCCCAGGGCAGGACUAAGGCCAAGGGGGCCACGGUGGGGCAGGCCGAGGGGACUCAGACUCUGGAGGUGUUUGAGAAAAAAGCCGUGGAGAGAGACGGGGGGGAGAGCUCCUUUGCCCAGGAAAGGGAGAACAUGCACGCCCUGGAGGUGACACAGUACUUCUUUGAGGCGGUGUCGACCCAGAUGGAACACUGGUAUGAGAGGAAGAUCCAGGAGGCCAGGUGGCAGGCGGACCAGAGGGCCCAGGCAGACAGGGCUGCCCUGCUGGAGAGGAUCACCUACCUGGAGGACGAGCUACGCAUGCUCAGGACUAACAGGCACGACGACAGCUAACACAGACAUACCACUACAGAGUUUAAAGCAGUGGAGGCUGCUGAGGGGAGGACGGGAUGGCUCAUAAUAAUGGCUGGAAUAGAGCGAAUGGAAUGGUAUACUUAUUCCACUCCAUUACCACAAGCCCUCCCCAAUUAAGGUGCCACCAACUUCCUGUGGUUUAGAGUUACACCUUCAGAAUGGCAAAAACCAUCUGAGGUCAUUACAGAUGGCAACCUGGAUCUAGUGGAUCCACUAGUAGACUUGACCAUAAAUUGGCCAUACAUUUGUCAUUGACCAUGCACAUUCUCUACAGAAUUUCAUACUUAUAUCUAAUAAUGUCAUGCAACAGUAGAAAAUAAUCCAUUUGUAAUGGUGACUUAUAAAUGAGAAAUGUUAUGGCAUGCCAGACAAUUCAGUAUAAUGUUGUCUUGUUAAUCAUGUGUUUUGUUGUAUACACCUGGGCAGCUCCUGUGUAUUGUGCUUUGUAAAACCCCCAGUAAAUGUACUGCUGGUUACAAUG